AUGGUUAAAAGACUGCUUAUAAAGAAGCUUUGUCUACCUUCUGGUACAGAGGUAAAAGACUUAAGGAUUCUAUACAAGGGAAAUGAACUUCCAAAUUAUCGGACUAUGGAUUCCUACAUAAACAAUAGUAGAAGUGAAUAUAAACUGUACUGGUCUGUUAAGGAAACCAACCCUGAAUUUGGAAUCCGUCCUUUGGGUAUAAAAAUACCCUCCAAAAUGCAAAAUAUAAUUAACGAUAUUUUGCUGUCUAUGAAACAUAACAUCAAGCCAAAGUUGACAAUGGAUGGGACAGGUGGAACAUAUCAAAUGUUUAACAAACUACGUAAAUGCUGUGCAAUAUUUAAACCGAUAGAUGAAGAAGCUUUUACUCCAUAUAACCCUCGCGGGUACGAAGGUAAAAUGAAUCAGCAGGGAUUCAGAACGGGUGUCUUAUCUGGAGAAGGAGCCAGUAGAGAGGUGGCUGCCUAUUUGUUGGAUGAGGCCUACGGGGGUUUGUGCGGAGUACCCAUAACAACCAUGGUUGAGGCAUCCCACAGCGCAUUCAAAAACAGCUGUGAUUCUAAAUACACCACUGAUUUUGAACCUGGAGCUAAAUGGAAACCUGGUUCGCUGCAAGAGUAUAUAGAAUCUAGAGGCACCAGUGGAAAUUAUAAUCCAAAUUUGUUUAGUAUUUCUGAUGUCCACAGAAUUGGUAUUCUUGACUUGAGGGUUUUAAAUCUGGACAGAAAUGAUGAAAACAUAUUGGUUGUUAACACUACUUACAGUAAGCAAUCUAGUAACAGUAACCGAAAGUAUAGACUUGUUCCUAUUGAUCAUGGACUCAUAUUGCCUGACGCUAUAGAUAUCGCUGACAUAGAUCUGGUAUGGUUUACUUGGCCACAAUCAGAAGUGCCAUUUUCACAAGAUGAACUUGAUCUCAUUUACUCAUUUGAUCCUGAUAAAGAUGCAGAAAGACUAAAAAAACAUCUCCACAUCAGAUCUGAAUGCUUGAGAACUAUGAAAGUCACGGUUAGAUUGUUACAAAUUGCUGCUAGUAUGCAUCUUAAUCUCAAGCAAAUUGCACAAAUUGUUUGCAGAAAUGACAUAGAUACCCCAUCUGAACUGGAAAUUACUAUUAAAAUUGCUAUUGAACGAGCAUAUAAAAUCACAGACUCAACGUCAUUGAUGACAACAAACAGAUUGGGAUAUAAUAUAGACCUUAUAGAACAUGCUGGGAAAGUAAACCAGUGCAAACCAGCUGUAUUUAUAGACGAUGAUAGUAGUAGUUCUACAUCAUCAUCUGACAACGAGGAUGAGAUCGUUUCCAACACGCUUCCUAACGUUGAUGAGCUACCGUCAUCAACGUUUUUCAAUUACAACAAUGCCGAAGACCUAAAAUAUACUAAUCUAGUUCACACUGGACGCACUAAACGUGCCACACAUAGAAGAAGAAAACCUCAACAAUCUGAAAAAUCCAUAUGGUCUUUAGAAGAUAGUAGAGGGCAUCCAAUACAAUUUGAUUGGGAUGCCGCAUUUGAAAAUACAUUUUUCAGAUUGCUCGAGGAAAUGUUUAUAGGUGGUAUUCAAUCAUCACAUCCAAGCUGGAAAAAAUACCAGUAUAACGGAGAAACAACCGAACAAUUUCCGUGGCUAAAUGAAGACACACAUACAUUUGCCUUUACACACUGUUGGUUUAAACGUGACUAA